CCUACACACGGCAAAGGGCUCAACUUCGGGCUCCCCGUUCUCUUCGCUUUUCCCGUUCCUGACUACGCCUCGGGGCCUUCUCGGGCGCCAACGACUUCUAGAAUGCUUGCACACAAUUGAAGCAACUUUCCCUCCCAUCGUGAUCCAUCGUCUUCCUGUGACACAUCGGCUCAUCAGGCCUCUCGUCGCCUGCCUGUCUGCCUGCCUGGAUGGGAGGAGGUCAAAACCAAAAGGCCCGCCCCGGAGCCAAGUCUGAGUCUGGAUCUGGGGUUCCCAAGAAUUGGCCGCCAGGCAUCGUGUACCUCCACGAACCGUGCUAUUCAAAGCUGCUCCACCAUGAUGCCACCGCUGCUGUCCUUUUCCCCAGAAGUGACCUUGCCUCGACGGAGCAACCCCGCAAAAUCAAGGGACCCUGCCCCGUGGUCAGAAUAACACCGAUUUCUGUGUCAUCUCAUCCCGCUAAUGGCCAGUACGGGCUGUUUGCUAGCCAGCGUCUUCCCCCAGACUCUUUCAUUCUACCGUACAUAGGUUAUGUGCAUGGGCCUGCCGAUCUCGAUGAUAGUUCAGACUACGAUUUGUCGUUGGAUCGCGAACUCGGUAUUGGCGUAGACGCAUCCAAGAUGGGCAACGAGGCGAGGUUCGUCAACGACUACCGAGGAGUGGCUGCUGCACCAAACGCAGAGUUUCGUCACAUAUUCGUCGAUGUGGGCAAGGGUCGCGUGGAGAAGAGGAUGGGUGUUUUCGUCUUGAGUGCUGGAAAGAGUGGCAAGAGAGCAAAAGGCAUCGAAAGAGGCAGUGAGAUUCUCGUAAGUUAUGGGAAAGGUUUCUGGACCGAGAGAUCCGGGCCGGAUAGUUGA